AUGUUGAUGCGAGCAGCUGUACAAUCACUGGAUGCGAUAGAUGACUUGAACACUCAGGCACAUAUUGUAUCUGUGAUUUUGGAUGUGUUGAACCCGGAGCAAAAGGAAGAAGAAGAUUUCCAUAUUCAAAUUGAAAAGGAUCCUGCUCAGGAAGAUUUUCUCCAGGGAAGGAUGACCGGCAAUCCGUACAAGUCUACCGAUGUCGGUCUUGGUCCGCUUAUGCGAGACAUAAAGAAUAAGAUCUGUCGUGACACUGAGAUGAUUGCUCUCAUGGAAGAUGAUAAUGGAAUGGAACUUCUGGUGAAUAAUCAGAUCAUUUCGUUGUCUCUACCAGUACGAGCCGUUUACGAUAAGCUGUGGAAGAAGGCCAAUCCCGGACAACCGAUGGUUAUCGUUUACAGGAUGCGUGGUUUGCUUGGUGAUGCCGUGGAGACGUUUGCGAAGGCAGAAGAAGACGAGACCUUAUCGUCACUAACUGGUGCUUUGUCACAAUGUGGUGGCUUAACGCGAGCGCUGCGAUUACUUGCUCUGGCUGACACCGGAAGUGCUGGCAGGUUCCUCCUUGGUCAGCUACGAAAACUCUUCGAAAGAUGUGUGAAAACCGAACAAGGGCGAGUAGAUUUAGUGUCGUCAGGCGCUAUUAAUGCUUUCAUGAAGGUAUUACACUCGUGUGUAUCACUUCGCUCUACGGAUGAAGGCGUUCUGCAAAUUGGUCUCGAAUAUCUACAGAUGAUUUCUGCAAUAGUGAACGAUCCAGCAGUGCAUCCAAUCCUGACCGGUAUUUCAAAGGAAGACGCCGAGUGGCUUUUGUCGUUUGUUAUGGCGCGUCCUGAUUCUGGAUCGGAAAGUGUGAACAAGUUCUGUGCUCAAGUUUCACGAGUCAUCGGUAAUCUCGUUGUGGGUAACGAGGAAGCUGAGAAAGCCCUCAUCGCGAUGUACAUCAAAACAUGUCAAUGGAAGGAGAUUGAUGAAACGAAUGAUGUCUCACUACGAAGCGAGCGCGUGAUAGCCGUCGGCAGACUAUGUGAAGUGACCGCUGGAAUACUCAACUCUGUCGAGGCAGCGAAGCUGAAGCAGUUGAUUUUGGAUAGCGGUGUCCUAUCAAAGGUGGCUUCCGACAACUCCAUUGGUACUAUGGCUGAGAAUGUUGUCGAGGCUUUGAAAGAGAAUACUGAGGUAGCGGCUCAGAUUGAGAAUGUGCGUCAAGAAACCCGACAGAAGAAACGUCAGAUGGCAAUGGCAAUGCGUAAUAAGCAGUUGCGUGAAAUGGGAAUGCAAAUGGGAAAAUCGGGUGAAGUGAAGGUAGCCUCACAGGCGCAUAGCAAACGAGCCAGCUCUUCGAAGGGCUAUGCGUUUGCGUCACCUCUUACCAAUGACGCUCGUAUACCCCAGUUGGCUACCGUAAGCCAAAUGGUGAUGGUGCACAUUGAUUGCCAUCAAAACGCGAUUCGAAGAAGUGGAGGAGGACGGAAUGUUGACGAAUGGUCAAAGGCCUCUCUGCAUAAUGCCGGCGCCAAAUGCAAUGCGCUUACCCCGAUAGCGACUGGAGCGGCAAGCGAAGCUGACUGGGCUCUCGCUGUAAACAGAUCAUUUUCGGAAGCUUCCCAAGGCGGCGGCCGCGAGUCGAAUGCGCAGUAUCUGGCCGUUCUACACCUGUUGGCCCUCUCCCUCCCACCAGACGAGUUGCCUACUCGUAAUGCUCGACAUCGAGUGAUCUCUUUCCUAAUGACCGAGCUUACACUACAAAGUUGGCUCGAGCAACGAAACGACAUAGACUCCGAAGACCGUUUGGAAUGGCUGCAAAGCCAUAUCUUGGAUUACCCUACGAAAGACUUCAACAUUUGUAAAGAAAUUCGAUGA